AUGGGGCCCUCCCUGUCCCGAAGUCCAGAGGCUUUGGGCGGCCCUGAGCAGGCAGUGGCUACACUGGAAGAAAGCACACCCAGGUCUCACAUUAAAGAAGCCAAACUGUCUGCUUCAAAGAAAAAAGGCAACAUCCUGUCACAGGCCAUGCUCUGGCAAAAAUCCACAGCGCCAGAACAAGCCCCGGCCCCGGCCCGGCCGUACCAGGGCGUCCGUGUGAAGGAGCCAGUGAAGGAACUGCUGAGGAGGAAACGUGGCCAUGCCAGCAGCGGGGCGGCGGUGACACCUACCGCGGUGGUGCUGCCCCAUCAGCCCCUGGCCACGUACACCACAGUGGGUCCUUCCUGCCUUGACAUGGAGGUUGCUGCCUCCACCAUGACGGAGGAGGGGGCCCUGUGUGCCGGCUGGCUCUCUCAGCCUGCCCCUGCCACCCUCCAGCCCCUGGCCCCGUGGACACCCUACACUGAGUAUGUGUCCCAUGAAGCUGUCAGCUGCCCUUACUCAGCUGACAUGUAUGUGCAGCCGGUGUGCCCCAGCUACACUGUUGUGGGGCCCUCCUCCGUGCUGACCUACGCCUCCCAGCCACUCAUCACUAAUGUCACGACGAGAAGUGCCACCACACCCACAGUGGGGCCCCAGCUGGAGGGCCCAGAGCACCAGGCACCGCUCACCUACUUCCCGUGGCCUCAGCCCCUGUCCACGCUGCCCACCUCCACCCUGCAGUACCAGCCUCCGGCCCCAGCUCUGCCCGGGCCCCAGUUUGUCCAGCUCCCCAUCUCCAUCCCUGAGCCAGUCCUUCAGGACAUGGAAGACCCCAGGAGACCCAUCAGUUCCCUGACCAUCGACAAGCUGCUGUUGGAGGAAGAGGAUAGCGAUGCCUACGCGCUCAACCACACGCUCUCCGUGGAAGGCUUCUAG